CUGCAGAACACUCACACUGAGGGCAGACGCAACUGAGUUUUUUGAUCCCAGGAUUGCAAAGAAAACGUGGACAUGGCCACAGCUAGAAAGAUAGAAUUAUUUGUUAAGGCAAGUGAUGAUGGACGGAAUAUUGGAAACUGCCCUUUUUGUCAACGAUGUUUCAUGCAUCUGUGGAUGAAAAAUACCCCCUUCACAGUUACAUUUGUGGACAUGAAGAGAGCUCCUGAGGUCCUGAAAGAAGUUGCCCCAGGGUCACAGCCACCUUUCCUUUUGUACGAAGGAGAAGUGAGAACAGAUGUCAACAAGAUCGAGGAGUUCAUUGAAGAGACUCUUUGCCCACCUCAUUAUCCCAGAUUGUCACCAAGGUAUGACAAGUCAAAUAUGGCUGGCAGUGACAUUUUCCAUAAGUUUUCCUCCUACAUCAAAAAUCAAAACCCCGCAAUGGAAGAACACAAUGAAAAAGCACUGCUACGAACAAUGUUUAUGCUGGACAAAUUCUUGGGCACACCUCUGGAGCAUGAGCUUAAGGCAGACCCCAAUUUAAAAGUUUCCAAGAGGCUGUACCUGGAUGGAGAUGAACUGACCUUGGCCGACUGCAACUUACUGCCAAAACUACAUAUUGUACAGGUAGUGUGCAAAGAAUAUCGUAAAUUCGGUAUUCCAAAGGAGCUUACUGCACUUUCUAGAUACCUUUCCAAUGCCUACAAAAGGAAGGAGUUUGCUAAUACAUGUCCAGAAAACAAUGAAAUUAUAAAUGCAUACAAGUCUGUGGCUAAAUAUUAUAAAAUAUAACUAUAACUUUUCCUUGGGUCUCUCAGUCAGCAACAGUUCCUUAAAAUGUAAAACAGAAGCAGCUGCAAAAUUCAUGAAUGGGGUUUACUGGAGAUAUUCGGACAUUGCAUUAGUUUUAUCAAACCACCUCAUUCCUAUUUUGAUCAGUGCAACAAAACUGCUCGACUUUUUCACUCUGGAAAUUUCACUAUAAGAAAAGCAGUCCACACCUUUAAGACAAGAGAAAUACAGAUUAAAUUAUAUAAAAUAUGUGGUAGUUUUUUGACUGGAUGAAAACUGACACGUGACAUUAAAUUACUGCAGAACCAUUAACAGCUCAUCCAGUGUCCCAGUUUCCUCUCUGUAUUUAUUGUCUUAUAGGCCAUGGUGGUGAUGUGGUUAGCAUUGUCUCCUCACAGUAAGAGGUUCUCCCAUUUGAUUCUCGGCUGGAGCGCCUUCUGUGUGGAGUCUGCAUGUCCUCCCCGUGGUUGAAUGACAUU